AUGGUUGGAAACAUCCUCAUUGUUGUGUUAGUUGUGAUUGAUAAGAAGCUUCACACUCCCAUGUACUUCUUCUUGGGGAACUUGUCCUGCUUGGAGACCUGCAACAGCUCCACUGUUUUGCCCAGAAUGUUAUUAAGCUUCUUAACAGGGGAUCAAACUUUGUCAGUGGCUGGUUGUAUGACACAGUUUUAUUUAUGUGCCUCUUUUGUGAGUUCAGAAUGCUGUCUCUUUGCCAUGAUGUCUUAUGAUCGCUAUUUGGCCAUAUGCAAACCCUUGCGCUACACAACUCUUAUGAAUGGCAGGUUAUGCUUCCAACUGGCAGCUGGGUCUUGGGUUAAUGGAUUCAUGAUUAUGUCAGUAUUGUUAUUCCUGAUGUUAAGAUUGACAUUCUGUGGUCCUAAUGUAAUUGACCAUUUUUUCUGUGAUCUUACCCCACUCAUGAAACUUGCCUGCAGUGAUAUUCACAAAAUGGAACUUGCAAAUUACAUAACUGCAUCUUUACUCACUUUGCCUCCAUUCGUAUUAACGAUAACAUCUUAUAUUUUCAUCAUCAUCACGAUUAUGAAGAUUCCAUCCACCACUGGAAGAAAGAAGGCUUUCUCUACCUGCUCCUCCCACCUUAUUGCGGUAACUAUUUUCUAUGGGACCAUCAUUAUUGUUUAUGUGCUCCCAAAGACCGCCACCCUUAGAGAACUGAACAAAGUCUUCUCCGUGUUACACUUUUCUGACUCCCCUUGUUAA